AUGAGUUCAAAAUCUCCAAUUUAUCAUGAAAAGCAAGUUAAAGAGCUCUGCGCAUUACAUGCGCUUAACAAUUUAUUUCAGACGCAGGGCACAUUUUCAAAAUCAGAGUUAGAUGCCAUAUGUAGAAGACUGUCACCAAAUGUUUGGUUUAACCCACACCGUUCCAUGUUAGGGUUAGGCAACUAUGAUAUUAAUGUGAUAAUGGCUGCCCUUCAAAAAAAAGGCUGUGAAGCUGUGUGGUUUGACAAGCGGAAAGACCCUGGCUGUUUAGACUUGUCAAAUAUCUGUGGAUUCAUCCUUAAUGUGCCAUCGGACUACAAAUUGGGAUUUGUAAUGUUACCUCUACGACGUCGACACUGGAUUACCAUAAGACAGAUUCAAGGCAAUUUUUACAAUUUGGAUUCAAAACUUGAAACACCUCAGUUAAUAGGAAGAAGCAGUGACCUGAUAGCAUAUUUAAAGGAACAAUUAGACAGCAAAGAGAAGGAGCUAUUCGUAGUGGUCAGUAAAGAAGUAGAAGAGAAGCAGCUGUGGAUACAUCAGUAUGCUCUAAACAACCACACAAGUCCACAAAGCUCUGUACUGCCUCUGACCAAUAAGUGCGACAGUCCUGCCAGCAGCGUAGCGUCCCUCUCACAGUAUGACCACACGAACCGUGACGCUGAGUGCCUCAAAGUGAUGGAUGUAAGGAACUGUGUUGUUUCGGAUGAAAAAAGUUUUUGA